UAAUGCAUCGCCAACGAGCAAUUCCCCAGCAAAGAUGGCAGGCGAAGGCGUCGCGUGGUGGAGGGAAAAUCGACCUGCUCGGUUGACCAAUGACGUAUCCACCUGCGACGCCUCUCUAGCGCGCAACGGCCAUGGCUCCGCACGUCGCCAUCGUCCACCGUCGACUGCUGCAUCGCGUGCGCCCAAAGUUGCAACAUCUGGCACAUCGGGACGGCGGCCCAAGUUGACGUUUGAACUGCUCUGGCAACAAAGAAGACCACCGUAGAUGGCAGGCGUGACCGUGGCUCCCAAGGUUGUUGACACCGAGCUCUAGAACGGACACGUCGUCACUUCUCUACUCCCAUCUAUCUGCACACUUCGCCUCUCCCCAUAGUCUGCCGCUACCCACACAGCGACCAUGGCGGAAGAAGCGCAGACCAUCAACCUCAAGAUCCUCUCCCCCUCGACUGAGGUGGAGGGCGGCGUGAAUCUCGCAGACGUACCCGCUUCAACCACCGUCAAGGAGCUUCGCAGCCGCAUACAGGAUGCGGCGCCCUCCAAGCCUGCACCUGAACGCAUGCGCCUGAUCUACCGGGGGAGGGUCGUGGCCAACGAUGCCGACACACUAAGCAAUGUGUUCGGUGUUGACAACAUUCGUGAGAGCAAAGACCAGAGCCUCCAUCUGGUACUACGAGAGCUCCCUACUGCUGGGAACUCUUCAGCAUCACCUGCUCCUCCAUCUUCAACCGUUCCGCCCAAUCUUGUUCGUCCCCAAGCUCCAGCUCUGCCUGCAAAUCCGCUUCAGACGAACCCGUUCAGGACGCUGCCGCAGGCUCGACCAAAUUCAAUACCACCAUUACCACAACCCCACCAGCACCAUCUCCCGGGAGCCCAAGCACACGUGAUCCCCAUUCCUCUGCCUCAACAGGUACAGCACCAACUUGCUCACGCCAUGGCACAGCAAGGACAACAGGAUAGCGAGCGAGUUCCAAACGCGACAUCUGAGCAGCCUGGACAAGAGACACAGAGACCUGCUGAUGCCGCUCAAUCGCCGCUUCCCGGUGCAACGCCUCUGCCAGCAAUGGGGCUACCCAAUCUUCCCGGCCAUGGCGACCAACCACUGCGGCGCGAAGGUGUUGGACCCAAUGGGGCGCGGUGGACAGUCACAUACAACCACGUCAACUUACCUGCGCGAGUUCAGCAGCCUGUUCCUGCAUUUGCUCUUCCACAUCCACUGGGUUUCGCUCGUCCACCAAUUCCACCAGGCGUUCUUCCCUCAAUGGGCCAUGACAGUGCACAGCGCUUAUUGCCACGGAUUCAGACCAUCUUCCAGGAAACACAACGGGAGAUGGAAAAUGUUCGUACGCUACUACAGCCCACGCGCGAGCCAAGCACACAAACCGAUCGACCUUCGAUAUCAAACCACCUCCCCUUACAGCUCCCUAUUUGGCGAAUUGACUACAUACGCCAACACCUGAACACGAUCAACCAGAACCUGAACGUUGUCGAGCGGGCCCUUUCCCUCCUGCCUACCGAACCGGAAGUGGUAGCGCUACGACGUUCGGUUACCGAAAUUAGGGUAGAUGCGUUAGAAUUGAACAUCAUACUUGAUCGGCAACAGGGCGGUCCUAUUUCCAGUCAACCAAGCACCCUAGCUACAUCCACAGAUCCGGCAACCGCUGGUGUAUUCACCGGCACAAUACCAGGUGCUCCGGUCAUGACGCCAGCCGUGCCAACUACAUCACAAUCACGAGCACAGAAUGCUACGCAGACUUCGUCUGCAGAUGCACCAGCCGAGUUGUUCCUCUUAUCCAGCCCACAAGGACCUGUUGGUCUUCUCUUUGACCAGCAAGGCACUUACACUACGGCUCCUAUGGUAUCCACAAUGCCAUUCCAGAGCUUCACGACCCAGUUUGCCCAGAAUAGACAGCUUAUUGCUGGGCUAGGGCAGCACAUGGCACAAGGAUCGACCCAGCUGCACAAUCAACUGGCAAACCUCCAACCGACACCAACACAACAACCAGAGGCUGGUGGUCAGGCUUACAAUCAGGACCAGGCGCACAAUCAAAUGCAGAACCAAAACCAGGAUCCGAUUGCAAAUGCAAACGCGAAUGCGAACCAACCAGAAGAAAAUGAUCGUAUGAUCAACGUUUUUGGGCACUUGUGGCUUAUUUUCAAACUGGCUGCAUUUGUCUACUUCUUUGCAGGAGGUGGUGGUCUCUACAGGCCCAUCAUGCUCGGCAUUGUUGCUGGUGUGGUUUAUCUGGCACAAGUAGGUGUGUUCCAAGAGCAGUUCAAUCUUGUACGUCGUCACUUCGAGGCCCUGCUUCCCGUAGGGGCCCUGGCCGACCGUGUGGCUCAGCCCAACAACCAACGCCAAACCCAGCAGCGAGGCAACCUAUCGCCUGAGGAAGCGGCUAGGAGAUUAUUGCAGCAGAGGAGAGACCAAAGAUUUGGGUGGAUCAGAGACAGCAUGCGCACCGUCGAACGCGCUUUUGCUCUAUUCGUUGCCAGUCUGUUUCCUGGUGUUGGAGAGCGAAUGGUACACGCGCAGGAGGAAAGGGAAAGACUUGAACGGGUGGCAGCUCAAGAAGAAAGGGAACGUCAGGAGGAAGAUGCGAGGAGAAGGGAAGAAGAGGCUCAAGCACAGCGCGAGCAGAGCGAUGAAAACAAGGCUGGAAACGAUCUCGCGACGCAUGAGAGAUUGGAUCCAAGUGCGAGCGCCAAAGGCAAAGAGAGGGCGGUAACAGUGGAAGACGAACUCUCAGGCUCUGCUUCUUGAUAUUGGCGUGCAGUUUCAUUGUACUCAUGUAGCAGUUUCCAAACAGAUACCCAUGCUUAGACGUCAAUACAUACAUCAUACCCUCGGUCCACGAGGAGUAUGUCUCAUCCGGCGCUACAUUGCCUUUGAUAUACGAUACGUCUCUGACCGCCGACCAGUGGCGAAAGCGCACGCGAUGUUCACGGCGAGUCCAGCCUGGUUGCAUCUUGUCGCAAUGCG